AUGAUGGGAUUUCAUUUGCUAAGGAACCUAAAACUUCAGGUGAAAAACGCAGCCAAAUCACAGUUAAGCUCAGAAUACAAACUGCUCUGCUUCCAACUUAUCCAUCCGAUGCAAAGUAAGCAGAAACCCAAUGCCAAUAUUACGGAUUAUGUUCAGUCGGAUGUCGAGCUAGGGCACGUUGCACGCACGCAGGCAGCAACAGCUCCGCACGUUACCGAGCACGACAUUGGCGCGAAUUCGAAUAAAUAUGCUCGGCAUUCACGAAAUGAAUCAGAAAGUGAAAGAAAGCUUGAGUUCGAACUAGUACUUAAAGUGGACCAACUGAGAGAAGCACGUAGAUCUAAACGAGGAGCGACGAGUUUCUUGAAUACUAAACUGUCGGAGUCAACCCACGAAGUCAUGGUGAGAAAAAAGCUAAAGGCGCGCUGCGGAGCGCUCUUUGCAAUCAGUAUGCUGCUUUUAUUAAUAUGGAGGUUGGACCAACACAAUAAAGAACAUUUAGCAGGCAAGCUACGUCUAUCGGAUCUGAACAUGUUACCUUCGAGGAAGAGUAUCGACGCACUUUCAUUUGCGUGUCAGAGCAAUUUAGUCCAACUGCGACGCGGACUUUUAAGUCUCGGGGCACAUCUUGAACAUUCUCAAUGGAAUACUAAUGUUCAAUUGGUCUCGAAUGCUGCACACCUGACAAAACAAGCAACCAUAGUAUGCGAGGAAUAUCGGCGAAGCGUGAACCGGGUGGCGACGCCUUCAUUCUGGGAAGAACAAGGACAACGGCAGUUGGAUGCAAUAGUGGAAGACAAGUUGCAGAAUGCUCAAACCCUUGAGAAAUUACACCAAAUUGAACUCCAGUACCAACCCUCAAUAAGCCAAGGUCUACGCUACUGCUUAACGACGCUGGAUGAUGAAGUCAAUCAAGUCACAAAUCAAAAUAUCUACAGUCGUUUGCUCGACCACCCAGGCUACAUCGGAACCUGUAGUGAGAAUCAUUUUCACGAUCGUCUACUGGUGACGUUGGGGUGGCCAAGCGAGGGGCAAUGUGGAUUCGAAAGGGUGCAAGGCGGUACGGCGGAUUUCAAAUGUUUGGUAAUCCUUCCGACUUUUGACUCAGUGGUUCGAUUCAAUCAAGAUGUGAAGGCAUUCCAAUACGGUCUAGAAAACACGGUUGUUGCAGCGGGUGUGUUUUAUCCGUCCCGGUACCGAAGGCAUACUGAUGUGCUCCUGGCUGCGAUGACACUGCAUGAGGUUUACGAACAGCCUACUGCUACAAGUAUACAGAUAACGAGACCCAUUUCACUCAUCGCAUCGUUUGGUCGCAUUUCACAAGUGGCAGUCAUGACAACAACAGAGAUGUUCAUUAUCGACAAACUGAGGAACAUCGCCAAUCGAAGCAUGGCGAGAAAGGUCAGGAUGGUAUUUCAUGAUCCACAGCACUUCCCAGUUCGAUGUUGGAACAAUGAGGCGUUAAUGGACUUGGUGCAAAGUACCCCAAUCAGUUCUCCGUGGUUUCCUUGCUCCGACACGCCAAUGCUGUUGCAAAAGUCAACAUUCGGCUUGGUCCUCGGAUCCUCGUUAUUCUCAGAAAUAAAGGAUGUCCAACCUGGCGACCUGUCGUUUCAAAUGCAGUUAUUACUCUGUCUGAAAUCCGGCUCAAUUCCUGUGGUCAUCGGUGAAGCUGCGUUUCCGUUUCCCAAGGCCAUCGGGGAAGCACAGUGGCAUCACGCCGUGCUUCUAUUGUCCACUGAACAGAUCGAUCAAAUGUUACCGUUUCUAGGUGCUAUAUCUGUGGCUAGGAUAGAAGAAAUGAGAAACCACGGACAAUUAAUCUUGCACAGACAUUUCACCGACUUGCAUGCCCAUCUGUCUACAUUGAUGCUUGAGAUCGCUAAUCGAUACGGAUUGGCGCAACAGCCGGCCCCUGAGUAUUACACCAAACUGGUCCAGAUGCCAUCUCCACACGUCACCUACCACACCCUUGCAUCAAUCAUGCAUCAAGGCUACCCAGCCCCAACAGGCCCAGCAAAAUUUCCAGUUGAUGGCAUCACAGAAACAAUGGUCCAACGGGCGCUAAUCAGGCCGAGUGAUGUAUGGAAAGUGGACCCCUUUCAUACAUAUCCAACGACACCAUGGCAUGUGAUCGAGAAACUGAAGGGAGCACCGGAAAGAAAAACAGAUAAACCGAAGAAUUCGUCUUCUGCGGAACAGUUCACUGCUGUCAUACUUUAUUAUGAACGGCUGGAAUCCCUGAUGAAGAUGCUGUUUGAAUUCUCCAACCUAACCACUCUACAAUCCGUUGUGAUUGUUUGGAACAAUCCAAUCGCGCCGGACACAACCAUAGAUUGGCCAAAUACAUCGUAUGCAAUCAGAGUACUGUAUGGUCUAAAAAACAGUUUGAACAAUCGAUUUCUUCCACUGGAUCUCAUUCAAACGGACGCGGUGUUAUCUCUGGAUGAUGACAGUCGGAUGACAACGGAUGAACUAAACUUCGGUUUUCGUGUGUGGAGAGAGAACCGUGAGCAGAUUGUUGGCUAUCCAGCUAGAAGUCACGAGAAAUCCCAAGACGGAGCGAAAUGGAAGUAUAUAACCGAACAGAACUGUAAAUAUUCAAUGGUUCUGACCGGAGCAACCUUCUUUCACAAGUACUUUAUGUUCUCAUAUACCUGGCUGAUGCCAGACGAAGUGCGCCAAAUGGUGGAUCGUCGUAUGAACUGCGAAGACUUAGCAAUGAACUUUCUCGUUUCACACACCGUGAGAAGACCCCCACUCAAGGUGACAAGUCGAAACACAUUUGUAUGCGGGGAUUGUCCUCGGAAAGGACUAAAUUUGCGCAAAAAGCACUACGAGGAACGAUCAGUGUGUAUCGAUGAGCUGGUGAAGAUUUAUGGCUACAACCCACUGAUCCAUACUUCGUACCGCGCAGAGCGUUUGGAGAAAAUCCCGGCGGACUGCCAGUGA